UGUCUUGUCCUCUCCUUUCUUCUCCUCUUUCUUCCUCUCCUCUCCUUUCCUAUCCUCCCAUCUCCUCUCUUUCUCUCCUCUCUUGUCCUCUCCUCUCCUCAGAACUCUCUUCCCCUUUGGUGCCUGAUCAUGGACCAAGACCUGAAGCCCCUCCCUGGUCCACAUGAGGAGGACAUAGAAACAAGGCGACCAGCCUCAGACAUCUGUGUGUUUGCCAGCAACUGUACACUGCAUGGGCUGGGCCAUGUCUUUGGGCCAGGGGGCCUGACCCUGCGAAAGGGACUAUGGGCAGGGGCCGUGCUACUCUCUCUGACUGCCUUUCUCUUUCAAGUGGCAGAACGGAUUGAGUAUUACGGAAAAUUCCACCAUGUGACAAUGCUGGAUGAAUUAGAAAGCCAUGAACUUGUCUUCCCUGCUGUAACUCUGUGCAACAUCAAUCCACUUCGACGGUCCAAAAUUACACCCAAUGACGUGCAUUGGGUCGGACAUGCCCUGCUGGGCCUUGAGCCUAAAGACCAUGCUAUGUAUCUGAAGGAAUUGGACCAGGAACCCACACCCCCUGGAUUCAUGCCCACUGCCAUGUAUGACCUGGCUGAGCUCUAUACCAGGGCUGGCCACACCAUUGAUGAUAUGUUGCUGUACUGUCGCUACCGAGGACGGAUUUGUGGCCCAGAAAACUUCACCACGAUCUUCACUAGAAUGGGUCAGUGUUUCACCUUUAACUCAGGAGCUGAUGGAAAUCAGCUCCUCCGUACUCCUAAAGGAGGUGCUGGCAAUGGACUGGAGAUAAUGCUGACAGUGCAGCAGGAUGAAUACCUGCCAGUGUUGAAUUUCUCAGAAGAAACUCCAUUUGAGGCAGGAAUUCGAGUGCAGAUUCAUAGCCAAGAAGAGCUUCCCACCAUUGACCAGCUUGGCUUUGGGGUUGCCCCAGGCUACCAGACCUUUGUGUCCUGCCAAAAGCAAGAACUGUCUUUCCUGCCCCGGCCCUGGGGGAACUGUGAGUCUGUGUUACAGGGCCUUGACUUCAACAUAGCUCCUUCUAAACUAAGCCCAUCCAAUCCCAGCUCAAACCCCAAGUUAUCCUACAGCAUCCCAGGCUGUCGCCAGCUCUGUGAGUUUCAAAUGCUGCAUAGAAAGUGUGGCUGCCGGAUGAUGUACAUGUCUGGCACUGUCCCUGUAUGCAGCCCCCAACAAUACAAGAACUGUGCCAGACCUGAACUGGACAACUUAAUGUGGAAGAACAACAACUGCACCUGCCCCACCCCCUGUAAGCUGACCCGCUAUGGAAAGGAGCUCUCCAUGGUCCGAAUUCCCAGUCAAGCUUCAAGCAACUUCCUGGUCCAGACACACAACCUAAGCAAGAAGUACAUAGAGGAUAAUUUUCUGGUGUUAGACAUCUUCUUCGAGGCACUUAAUUAUGAGACUGUGGAGCAAAAAAAAGCCUAUGAAGUGGCCGAUCUGUUGGGUGAUAUCGGAGGCCAGAUGGGACUCUUUAUUGGUGCCAGUCUGCUGACCAUUCUGGAGAUCUUGGACUAUCUCUUUGAGGUUUUCCAAGACAGGGUUCUUGGCUACUUCUAUAAUAGGAGGAAAUCACAGAAGAAGCCCAGGGACAGCCUGCUCCAACAAGGAAUCAACAUCCGCUGCAGCCCAGGACCCCACCUCGACGCUAUCCCCAGGCCUCCCACUCCACCCUGUGGGGUCACCAGGACUGUUUCUGCUUCACACCGGACCUGCUACCUGGUCACUCGCCUCUAGACUCAGGUCCAAACUGUUGCCCCCUUGGAGCUCCA